CCAGAGAAGAAACGCUUUGAUGAAGACAUGUCUCCAGUGUCUCCUCGUGAGUCUCCUACUCCAUCAUCGUUGGAUCGAUCACCUCCCGCUCGACACAAUCGGCACCGCCAUCGUCAUCAUCUCAGUCGCAAAUAUGACCGUCACAGGGAGCGCGAAGUGGCCAGUUUUGGCAGGUCUGGGAGGGAGCGGGAAGAAAAGCACCAUUCGGAGCGUAAACGACGUCGUCUGACAUAUGAUGUUGUGGCGACAGAGGGUGCAGCAGUAGAUAGUGUAGGCGUGGGAGAGGCUAGUGAACGUUUACUACGCCGUGAUUGUGAUUACAAGUCGGAGGAGACGGUUAAGAAUGAGUUAGUGGCUUUGGAAGACGAAGAGGAACGUCAAGGAAAGGAGCAAUGUCGGAGGGAUCAUCGAAGGCGGUCGUUGGAAAAAGAGGAUGAAGAGACGAUAGUGAAGGAGAAAAGGUCUUCAAGUCGAAAGUAUUUCGAGGAGCAAGAAACUCGUUGCCGUUCAAAUAGAAGCCAAGAAGAGGGAUUCAAGCGAUGUCGAAGUGAGUCUCAGCACUCCCAAUCACGGGCUACUCUAUCAAACAAUGAGAAUAGAUCGUCACCAUCUGCCAAGCAGCAUUUAAGUUCCUUUGUGAGCACUCUUCUGGAACCACUCCUCAAGGAGGUAACUUCAGACACAGAGUUAGAGGAGGUACUCCCAGUAGGUAUUCUGUCCGGAGAAAUGGCCAAACGGUCGAUGCUUUUGCUGAGCGAUCAACCGAACAAGAAGGUCACAUCUCAGCUGCAGCAGUCACAAUCACAAAACCAGAUUCACAAGGCACAGGGGGAGCAGCUCAAAUGCGAGCAACCUCCUGACCAUGCAACGAUGACCACAGCUACUUUACGAACAGCUGCCAACAAUCAAGCACAAAAGUCCAUUGAAGAAGGGGAUAGUCGCUUCGAUAAAUUCCUUUCCAACCUCUCGGAACGUCUGCAGGAGAAGGAGCAAGAGUCGGAGAGUUGGGGCGAGAAGGAAAUUGAUUUCUCGGAUAUUCUGACAGAGGACAGUAGUGCGCUUCGCAUAGCUGUGUGUUCUGCUACACUCAAACCGAAGCAGUUGUUGGAGUCGAGUCUUUCUACGCCAUGGCAAAGAAUCACGGAUAAAGGUCCAGAUGAGGUUGAGGAAGCAAUAGACACGAUUAGAACAGAAACAGAUAUCUCAGAAGACAAGGAGGAUCUUAUCAAUCUAGCAACACUGUUGUCGUCGAGCAUCAGUCGGCGUUUCCUCAGCGAUCAAUUGGUUGGAGAAUUGGGGAAACGAGGUGUUUCUCUCGCGUCAGUAUCGACGAAUGGGGCCUUUGCCGGUCCGAAGGCGUCCCGAUCGGGGAUGGUUUCAACAAUCUUUGAGGAGGUCUCCUGGCGUCAGAGGCUACUGGGAGUCAUUUUCACCUGA